GCCAUAUAUCCCAAACUUGCAAUCAAUCUCUCAUCGCCUUCAGCGCUUCGCACUUGCGCCCGCUUCUUCGCAUUUAACUGUCGCCGCAAGUCACCAAGGAUGGGUUGCUGCACUACGAUAUGCAAAAAUUUGUUUCUCGGGUUUGUUGGCCUAUGCAAGGUGGGGUUGAGCAUCGCCAUCAUCAUCAUCGUGGCAAUCCACCUUCAGGACUAUAAAUUCUCCGGCUCCGGGACGAACACCACACUCACUGGCAGCUGCCUGCUGUCAAAGGAUUUCACCAACCAGGACUACUGCAACUACGCCUACGCGGUGUGCGGCAUCAGUAUGUGCGUAUCUCUCGCCGCUUCGCUCUUCCUGUGCAUCACCUGCAACGCCUGCGGCUGCGGCUCCUGGGUCGAAUUCAUCCUGUACCUGUGCCAGUGCGCCUGGUGGGUCAUCGCGGCCUGCGUCUUCUCGCGGGCCGCCGCCGACGCCAACGAUGUCGUCGGGCUGAACGGCCAGGGACUCCCGCAGGAGAACUGGCGCACCUCGGUGCCCGUCAUCUCCUGGGUGAUCUCGGUGCUGGCCUUCCUCGCCGCCAUCAUCUCCCUGGCUGACGCCAUCAAGUGCUGCCGCGACUGCUGCUGCUCCGGCGAUGACAGCGACAAGGGCAAGAAGGAGAAGAAGGACAAAAAGGCGAAGACGCCCCCGCAGCCGGCGUACGAGCCGCCCAAGGGCCAAGACCCUGCGGUGCGCGCCAAUGCGGUGUAAGGAACGGGGAUAGAAUGACAGCGGCGAAGAUGCGGCGGAGUGCCGUACGUUUCGGGUAGAGCCUCUGUGUUGGCAUAGACGGUAGCGGGCCCGUGUACUGUACUGGGAGUGUGGGACACCCCAAGGCUCCAUGAGGUGGGGUGACUCGCGGCGUCGUGGGUGUAGGAGUGCGGGGAAACGGCCUGCAUGUCAGUUUACCGCGCGUUAUACGAGUACGCAUAGGGUUGGGGUUGUCUGUGAUGGCGUGUUUGGCGUACAUACGGGAAUGGUGAUUUGCAUUUCAAAUGUUGGUGCAUACAUUGAGCUCCUUGCGUGGGGCGUGCUGAUACUGUGGCAUGACGCAUGCGUAGUGCUUGCGGGCGGUUGUGCUUCUGGUCCAGCCCUUCGUGUGCAUAUAAAUUGGCUGGGGUUUUCUGCGGCCCAGACAUCAGGCGGGCCGGUUCGUGUGAGUCUACUGCCAGCGCAGCUAGACUAGACUAUAUGUAAAGCUCCAGAUUC